AUGCCUGAUCCUCGUAAACUGGCACCUAUUGAAACGACACAACGUUCAGAAAUUCUCCCUGUUGCCAUACGCCCUCCUACGUCUUACGUUCCUAAUCAUGAGGCGUUCUUAGAAAAAGCUGAUAUCCAUCGUUUAAAGCCAACGAGCGAUUUCAAGGCCACUUUUAAGGAUUGGAAUGACUUAAUGACAUGUGACAAAAGACAAAUGCGAGUUAGAGGGAUACCACGUAUGACCAGGAAUGCUAUUAGAAGUGCAGUUCAUGCUUUUCAGAAUGGUAAUCCUCCAGAACAUUUCGAUACGAAGGAAGAGUGGUUGUACUAUAAGCAAUUUAAAACUGUUGACUACAGCUAUCGAGUUAUACCUGAACUUCCAGAAAAGUAUAGGCCUCAUCAAAAUGGAAUUGAUCAGCCACCCUUUCCAGAUUAUCGUGAAAUUAAUAGGAUGCCUGAAUGGGCGAAAAAAGAAGAAGAACGUUUAGCUAAGAAGGUAUAA